GAUUCAAAGAGGUCGUGACAGUUCCCAAGUGUAACGCCCGAUCCAAGCCUCAUAACCCUUCGCGGACCUCUUAUUGCUGUUCAAAUCUUCAUGUGACCUGCCAAUGCUGUACGAUCCGUUGCCUUGACAAGCCAAAUAUAGCCCUCUAGUCUAUAAGAACGCAUGCAGUCUGACGAUGCUGCAGUUCCCUCUCGGUUUCAAGACUCAAAAUCAAUUCUCGCCAACACCUUACAAUCAACGGAUGAGCGCGAUAAAAGCUUAAUCGGGCGAGAGAAAGCAUCAAUGCAUCGUGGAAGCGUGGUUUCCAGUUCCUCCGACACCUCGGGUGCGCGGGAUUUCGAUGCGGCACUCCGAAUUCUGACCCAGAAGCAGAAUUUAGGGCAUGCUAUCGAGGAGGCGGAACAAGUUGCGAAGUCGGCUCAGUGGUACACUCCGGAACAAGCUAUUGCUCUAUGGGAAGCAGGAGCAUAUCUGAUUCACAAUGAGAGCUCGCCAGAGGCUCGACGCAGUGGUUCGCUGCUGCUGGAAGCUGUCGCGGCACGACAAGAUCUGUCCCCAGCAGCCCGGCGCACAAUCUUCGAGUCAAUAUCAAGUCCUUCGGAAAGCGAUGUCACACCAGCACGGGUUCAAGCGUUGAUAACGCUAUCAGACCAUGGCAGGAAACUGGAAUUCGCCGCCUCCUCUGUCUUUCCCGUGAUAUCUGCCUGCCUUGUUCCACUCUAUGAGGUUAUCUCUUCCGUUCGCAUGAAAGCAAGAAAGGUGAAGCCGGGAAAGACAAAUGGGCACGCCUUCGAUGAUGCCGUUCUGGAUGACGUUCUGCAGUUUGUGGUCGAUCUUAUCACUCUUCAACGCAAGCCCCCUACCGGUGAAGAAGUACAAGUACUGUUAGAACAGCUUUUCAUCAUUUGCAAAAAGACAAGCGUUGCUGCAGAUAUCAAGAACUCACUCAGCGUAUUCGAUGCGGUCAUUCUUUACGCAGACGUGCCCGAUGGAAGCUUCAUCCCUCUGCUCGAAGUUCUGUGCAGCAUUCAUGCCUCUGUCAAACCUCUGUCGGGUCCGACGUCAAGGGUUGUUCGAAGUUUGGCAAAGUCAAAGAGGAAGGUUGAUAUGGUCAACGAACUAUAUACAUUCCUGACAGAAUGUUCUGAAGAAAAGAGUCGGAACCUCAACGUUGUGCGGGGAACUGUGUAUGUGUUGACGGACAUAAUUCGUGCACACGGCCAGGACGCCAUCCCAGAGCUACAGUUCGAACAAUUGAUUGACUGCUUGAAGACCGCCACAGUGAAGGAUGAUGGCCGGCUGGAGGCAGACAUCCUGGAUUUAUGUUUGAACAUCUUGGAGGGAGACUUUGUCCGAGUGGCUCUGGAAAAGGAUUGGGGCGCGUUCGUCGACCUGAUGAAUGUGUGUUCCGCCAGGGCUGUCGAUGAACCUGAGCAACCAUGCCCCACACUCUCUGACUCUCAACAAGUCACUCCCAAAGGCAGCGUUGUUGAUGAUUCCAAGUCCAGUAUUCUUGCCAACACCAUCCAGAUAGCUUCUGUCCUUGAAUCUCUUUGGGAUCGUUUGAAUAAACAGCAACGGCUAGACUCAACCCGGUUCCUCAUGAACGCCUGUCGCUUUAUCGAGCCUCCCCAGGCUGAGCUCGUUCUCGAGACCAUGCGGGAGGAGCGGUUCUGUUCUCCUGGACAUGAGAACUGGCUACAGCAUUCCCAAAGAUUGAUUCGCUGCUUCAUUCGCUCACACACUAAGUCCUCCGACGUUCGGGUCACUGCGUUAGAGAUACUGAAGGAAUCUUUCGACAGUCCCGAGUCACUUGGCUACUUCGAAGAGAAAGGCCUUCUCAAAAUCAUGCUGGAGAAAUUCAAUGAGGAGGAUGACAUAAUACUGCUGGAAUCACUGGUCGCUUUCCUUGUUGACGUCUCCAUUACAGUCAACAACCAGGAAUCAUUCGAUCAGCUAAUCCAUAUCCUCAGCUCUCCCAUGACGCAGUCUCCGGAAUGGCCAGUAGAUUCGCGUCUAGCAUCUCUCAAGUUACUCUACAGAUUGCGAUGCGAUGCCGCCGGUUCUAUUACUGUUGUCUCGAUUUCUGAGGAUGAUUUCAUGAUGCAGGUGUCUGGUAGAAGCUUUGACGCUGGCUCCAAACCGCAUGAAGAUUUUACUGGUGACCACAGUGCUGACAACGACCAAGGGCGAUCCAUUUCAGCUGGUCGACACUUGCCACGGGAGCCCUCAAGCAGCCUUCUCUCCAGGUCAACCCGACAAAACUCUGUUGCUCCCCUUCGAUCCUCCAAGCCGACGCCCCCUGUCUGGACAUUCUCCACACCCCAAGUUCUCCCAGAGGAACCUCCGGUUGAGGCUAGCCCUUAUGUCUACGCUUACGCGACUGCCAAUGCAACCAGUCCAGUCGAAUCGGAGCGGACGCAGAAGGUAGCUCUGAAGGCGAAUAUGUGGUUAGAGACGGUCAUAUCACUGCUGCAGCGCGAAACAAAUUGGGAUAUCUACAGCUAUGUGCUGACCCACUUGGCAGCUCAGUUGCAGAACAAGGAUCUGUUCAGCAACGCUGUACCUCAGAUCAAGCUGUUGCGCAGUGUCCUAUGUGACCAGGUCAAGAACGAUAGUUUUCGUGAACCGCCACCGUCCACUGGCACCAAGAAGACUGAUGUUGCCGGAUACAUAUUCGAGUUUCUAUGCGUCUUGAUCAGUUAUCACGAGCACUUUGCCAAGAGCGAAGAAGAUGAGCUUGUACGCGCCUUCAUGAUGGGCAUCAUCGGAUCCUGGGGUGGUACUUCUCGUGGUUGUAUCCAUGCCCUAUCUGUCUGUUGCCAUGAAAUCCCCUUAUCGGUAACAAAGUCAUUGAACGGAAUUCUCGACAAGAUGUCCAAAGUCAUUACGAUGUCUAAUCUCGCUGUCCAUAUUUUGGAGUUCCUGGCCCUUCUCGCCCGUCUGCCUGAGGUCUAUGUCAACUUACGUGACGAAGAAAUCCGCACGGUCUUUGGUAUAUGCAUCCGAUUCUUGCAAACUUCUAGAGAGAGUCGGUUCAAAACAGAUUCACUUACUCGAGUUGCCCCUGGGGGCGCUGUUAGACUUGGAAGCACCGGGUCUCUGAAUUCUCUCCCGGAGUCAUCAGAGGAUGGAAUGUCCAAGUACAUCUACACAUUGACAUAUCAUGUCAUGGUGUUCUGGUUUCUGUCUCUCAAGUUGCAAGACCGAGCGAAACAUGUCAACUGGAUCACGAGCAGACUCAUAUUCAAGGAUGAGCAUGGGAAGGAAACGGUCGAGGAACAAAGUCAAGUAUUUAUCGAUCUGAUGCAGAGAGCCGCUUUCUCAGAUCUCGGCGAUACCAUCCCGUAUCCGACAUUCCCACCCUCUCCUGAAGAUGGUCCCGCGUCCAAAAAGUCCUGGAUUGUCGGCAUGAGUAUCGUGACUGUUGAGACAGCCGGGGUGUCUGGCCUAACCCAAGUGACAAAGAGGCAGGCAUCAGGUACCACGUACGCGAUGUAUCAGCAACGCACCGCACCUGUUCUAGCUCACCAAGUAUCUGCAGCUCCUGAUGCCCAUCUGCAUCCUGACGCCAUGCGAACUGCCGUCCUACCUAGUCAUGUUAUGCUGCAGCUGACCACCACGGCCUUCCCAACACCUACCGUUAUGCAGCCCAUCCUCUUGCCCGAUGAUGACAUGACCCGGCGGGCCCUCAGCAGUUUUGACCGCAAUGACAUCGUGGAUGGGCACAAGGUUGGCGUGCUGUAUGUUGAGAACGGCCAAACCACGGAGGCUGAGAUUCUGUCCAACACUGGUGGUAGCGCCGACUAUGAGUAUUUCCUGUCGAAGCUUGGAACCAAGGUUCCGCUCCAGGGUGCCCGCUUCAAUACUCAGGGCCUACAUGCUGAUUUGGAUGGUGAUUCCACCUAUGCCUGGAGAGAUCGGGUGACUGAAAUUGUGUUCCACGUCGCGACGAUGAUGCCCACGAACUUCGAUCACGAUCCGGCCUGCAUCAACAAGAAACGUCACCUUGGCAACGACUUCGUCAAUAUCGUGUUCAAUCGGUCGAAUACACCUUUCAACUUCAACACGGUGCCAUCGCAAUUCAAUUUCGUGAACAUCGUCAUCAAUCCCAUCUGCCGGGUCACAGAAGAGGCGGGAGCAUCCGACCUGAAGGGAUGCAAUUUCGACAAUUUAUUCUACCAGGUGAAAGUCAUGAGCAAACCCGGGUUCCCCGAGAUCUCGCCUGCCGCUGUGCCCAAGGUCAUCUCUGGGAAGAACCUUGGAGCAUUUGUUCGGAUUCUUGCCUUGAACGCCUCGGUGCUCUCUCUCGUCUGGAAUAGCCAAGGUGGCGAGCACGUCUCAUCCUGGCGCAACCGGCUGCGCGAGAUCAAGAGGCUCCGCGAGCGCACCCUCGGCGCCCAGGCGCAGAACCCGGAGACCACCGAAGCCACCUACCCGGGUCAGCGACGCAACACGAAGGCCAACAUCUUCUCCGAGGAGCUCCCGACCCGCGCCGCAUCGGUCAAGAGCGACUUUUCCAUGGACUGGAACGCCGCAGCGGAUGCGAACAUCCUUCAGAACCUGGACUUUUCCCGCUGGGGACGCUGA